UGGUACAACACCGGAAGUGACGUGUUGCGCUCUGUAGCGGAUACAGCAAGGGAUCGGGUGGAGUAUGAGAAACGAUGGAUGGCGGUGUACCGAGUCAUUUUUCAGCCAUGUUCCCAAACUUGGAGACGAGUGGAAGUGGUAAAGCCCAGGAAGUAAACCCAGAUUCAGUGGAACUUCACUGCUUGGACACAGAGCUCCAGAAGAUGCUUAUUGAUGAACGGAUGCGCUGCGAGAACCACAAAACCAACUACCAGACACUUAAAGCUGAGCACACAAGAUUGCAGGGUGAGUAUACACGGGCCCAGGGCGAGCUGAAAAGGAUGAUGAGUGAGAAGCAGGCUGGUCAGGAGAAACUGCAGCUCUUGCUGGCAGAGCUGAGGGGAGAGCUGUUGGAUAAAACCCGAGAGCUCGAGGAGCUCAGAUUACAGGUGAUGACCCCUCAGCGGUUGGAGUUAUUAAAAGCCCAGGUGCAGCAGGAGAUGGAAGUUCCUAUCAUGGAGCGCUUUAGAAAGCUAGAGGAGGAAGCUGAGAAAUACAGAUCCGAAUACAAUAAGAUGCGCUACGACUUCACCUUUCUCAAAUCAGAGUUUGAUCACCAGCGAGAGGAACACGAACGCAUUUUGGAGGAGCAGCGAAUACGUUACAGUGCUGAUCUGGCUAUUUUGGAGAAGGAUAAGGAGAAGCUGAGUGCGCAGCUGCAGAGUGGAGACUGUGCAAGUGACAGGAAGCGUGUGGAAGCGCUGUUGAGGGAAAAGGUGCAACUGCAUCAGCGGCUCUGCAACCUUGAGGCCGAGGUAGCUGAGCUCCGUGCGGAGAGGGACAGCACAGGAGCGCAGGCAGAAAACACGCAACGCAUCCAGCUCCGCCAGCUGGCCGAGUCCCAGGCUGCACUCAAGACCCUGGAGUCGGAGAAGCAGUCUGUGUGCAUGCAGUUAGAUCGAGUGGAGAAGGAGCUGCAUUUGAGCCGUGAGCAGAAUGCUGUGCUCACUGGCAAACUGCACAAGGCUGAGAGGGAAAUAAAUGCCCUCAAAAGUCAGGUUGAAGAAAUUAAACACGCCCAUAUGUUGGAACUGGCUAAUGGGAAGAUGGAGUUUGUGAAAGCCAGAGGAGAAGUGGAAAGGGAGCGAGACAAACUGCAAACCCAAGUAGAGGGUCUGCAAUCUGAUCUUGAAGUUUUGACGGCAGCGGUUGAGAGAAACAAAGAGUUGUUGUCGGAAAAAGAGCAGGAAAUGGUGCAUAGGAUACAGGCAGCUAGAAAAGAAGAGAUGCAAAAAAUUGCUGUACUUCAGGAAGAGAAGUUGGAACUGGAGAAUCGUCUCUCUGAGCUGGAGCAGCUGAGGACUCUACAGGAAGCAACAAGAACCUCCAAGAACGAAGAAUCUGAAGAACGUCUCCGUGCUGCUUGGCUUGGGGAGGAGACUGCACGUAAAGAGCUGCAGAAUAUCAAAACUAAACUGCAGCAGCAGGCACAGCAGUUAGAAGAGCUGGAGAGACAAAAGGCAGAGAACACGGAGUUGAAAAGACACAAUGCAGAGCUGAAUGUGCAAAUCAGCACUCUUUCAUAUUCAGAGCGUGAGCUGAUGGAUGCCAAUGGAAGGCUGAGGGAGAGUCUGGAAAGAGUGAGAGAAGAGUUACGAAGUGCUCACACACAAAUGGAAAAGAGUCAGCAGGAAGCUGAAAGGCUGGAAGAGGAGAGAUGUGUGGAAUGGUUGGAAGAGAAACAUAAACUUCAGGAAAGGGAGGCAGAGCUACAGGAGAAAUGCAGCCAAGCCAAACAACGCAUGCAAAAAGCUGCACUUGCACAAAAAAAGAGAAAGACCAUAACUGAGGCUAAGGAGAAGAAACUGCGGGAUAAAUUACAGCUGCUGGAAGCCAAGAUAGAAGAACUGGAAAUUGAGAGUUCUGUGGCCAAGAAAAAUCCCUCAUUUGCCGAGGAGCAUACUCAACUUAGGAGACGUCUAACAGAGCUGCAGAGGAGACACAAGGAGUUUUGCCAGCUUUUGUUUGGAAACUAUAUGCCCUCUAUGUCUCUACCCCACUCUCUGCUCAUUGCAGGACCUGAAUGCAACUUCUUAAACCUGCAGGAGGAGCAGCAACUGCAGCAAUUAUCAGGGUUGCAGAGGAGACUGGAGGAGCUGGAGAAUAAUCAGCAGCAACAGCUGCAAGAACUGACUGCUCCUCUGGAUCGGAACAGGGAAAAAGACACUUAAUACCUCAGGGCAACAUGUCUGACCCCUCACCCUUUUUGGAUUAGAGUCGAUCAUAUUGUGCCAAGUUAAUUGUGGGUCCAUUUGCUGUUUUUUGUAACUUUUUCCAUUCCUGUACGAUUUCACAACAUUAGUUAAAGUCUUCCAUAUCCUUGACCCUCCAUGGCCCAAACAGUACUUUAGCUUUGAUACUGAUUGUGCAAUGUCUGUUCGGCCUACGUGUAAGAUAAUGAAGGACUAGUCUUGAGUUAUUGAAAAAGUUUUAUUGUAGUUAGUUAAAGCUACCUGACAAGUUCAGAAAUAGUUUUACCUACAUUAAAUCUGCACCCAUGAUUGAUUUUUCACCUAGUUAUAAAUGUCAUCAAAGGAGGUGACAUGACAGUUUGUUCUCAUAAACAGUUUCAUCUUGUUAGCAACCAGUAAUUAACUUGGAUAAUUUUGUCUUGCCUCCCACUAUCAGACAAGAAGCAGCUAUGUAACCUAAAGGAUUGUAAAGAUUGUGUACAUUUAGGAAAUCUCCUCUCAUUCUCAUUAUCUCUAGCCGCUUUAUCCUGUUCUACAGGGUCGCAGGCGAGCUGGAGCCUAUCCCAGCUGACUACGGGCGAAAGGCGAGGUACACCCUGGACAAGUCGCCAGGUCAUCACAGGGCUGACACAUAGACACCGACAACCAUUCACACUCUCAUUCACACCUACGGUCAAUUUAGAGUCACCAGUUAACCUAACCUGCAUGUCUUUGGACUGUGGGGGAAACCGGAGCACCCGGAGGAAACCCACGCCGACACGGGGAGAACAUGCAAACUCCACACAGAAAGGCCCUCGCCAGCCACGGGGCUCGAACCCGGACCUUCUUGCUGUGAGGCGACAGCGCUAACCACUACACCACCGUGCCGCCCCAUUUAGGAAAUGAUAGUGUUUAUUGGUGCUACUCUCCUAUUUGUUUGAUAAAUAUUAUAUGUAUAUAUGAGCAACCAGACUGAACUUGAACAAAACAACUCAAUUCAAGUGAAUGAAAAAACAGAGAGGAUUCACCACUUUGCAUUUUCAAGACUGUUAAUGAAGUAUUGUUUACUUAUGUUUUAGCAAAGGGGAAAUGUACUAGUGAUGGACCAUGUCAUGAUAAUUUAAUGGAGAACAUAAGAAGAGUUACUUACAGUUGGCUACACAGUCUGAUUAAGAGAGGAAAAAUACAGUUCAAGUACAAUUAGUACUUUUGCAAGAGAUGCAAUUCGGUGAUAAAGAAUCUGGCAAAUAAAGAAAAUUCAUCUUUUCAAAUCAGGGCAUAGGAGAGGAACAAUGAGAUCAUUGUAUAACUCAUUGAAUUAAGAAUAUGUAUCUGGGGACUUCCGGUUGUGGUGCUGUGUUGAGCAGAGGUAUAUCGGAGCACCCGUGAAAAUUUGGAGAAUAAACUAACUAGAUAGCCUGUAUUGAA